GCCAAACAGGUGAAUUACCAAACUCCGUCUUCUGCUACCUCGUCGGCGAUUAGGUUCCCAGUUGAACACUUGUGCUGGCAGGCAGAUUGCAACAGACGCCCCUUCGAUUCGACCGUCCACUGCGCCAUUUUCACUUGGGCCCGGCGGGUGUUGUAGCAUCGUCACCCGAAAGGCCGCCCUCAUCCUUUUUCUGUUUACCCCGCAUACAAAUCCACACCGUCCCGGCUGAGCUCGCUGACUUCAGCUGCCCGGAUCUCUCAAACCCCUUUUCCCGUUUCCCGACUGUUUCCAUCUUGACGCGAAGAACUCAUCAUCAUCAUCAUCAUCAUCAUCACCGCCACCACCACCACCAUCACCAUGGGAUCCGCACUCUCAAGGUGUACUUCAAGGAGUCCCGGACACUCUCCAUCAGGACUCUCGGUUCCAGACAUUGGGCAAAAGACCCUUGACCGACAGCCAAACUGGCUCGUCCCCCCGGCAAGAUGGCGUACGAAACCUGUCAACCAGCAACCGGUCCGCUAUCGCACACCCACGCCGUACCCCAAAAACCAUAGGAAACCAAUGGUGGACUCCACCGAGAACGUCGAUGGCUCCUCCAUCCCGGAGAAGGCUUCCACCUUCGAAGCGCCGGCGGUGAGCCAUCUGGACAUGCGCAGCAGUCACCGCAGACAAAGCCUCGCCGAAUCACGAAACCCAAACUUCCAGAAGCCGCAGCCCGCUCUCAGGAUAACCUGGGAGGUGUCUCCACGUCUGAACCGUUUUGAGCGUGUCGUCUAGAGCCGAAGAGCCGGCUGGUUUGCUAAGAACAACGAUUCAACGAACCGAGUUGAACGCUUCAUAUCAAGGCAUCCGCACAGCACACACACACACACAC